UAACUUUUUAUUUAAUACUUGAUAUGUCGAACUUUGUUAAUUCGAUUAUGGCGAAGAUGGACUGGGAUGUGCGCUUUGCAAUCCCCGACUGUAACGCACAAAACAGAGCGCUGAUAGAAGAGCUAAUUAACAAAGAAAAGCAGCUAUUGCAACUUGAGCAAAAACUUCAGAAUAACAAAGAAAAGAAGCAGACUCAGACUGGAGACCUCAAAAUCCUAAAACAAACUUUAGAAAAUAAUGAGGCUUUAUACAGAGCAAUGGUGAGAGAAGAGGAGACAGAAAAACACCUGACAGCACUGGCUGAGCGAGAGGCUGGUCGACUGGCCCUGGAGUCCUCUAAGAUGAACAGUGACCUCCGAUUGUUGACAGAGAGGAGCAACAUGAUGGAGAAUCAGAUAUUCAAGAUCAAACAGAAGCUGCAAGACUUUCAGAAUCAAAUGAACUGGGAUCAGCAGACUAUGGAUGCUUUUCUAGAGGAGUCAAUGCGCAAAGAUGAGGACACCAUGGCUAUUAUUAAGUAUGCUCAACAGGAUGAGCAGAGGAUCAAGUCACUUACUCUGGCCAUUGAGAAGAAGACUGUGGAAGCAAAUGAAAAACACAAAGCUCUGGACAAAGAGUUAACAGAGACACUAUCUACACAGAUUGCCCUUGACAAAACCACUGAGAAUUUGCGCCAGGUUCAUCAGGAAACACAACAGCUCAUUCAGCAGUGGGAAUUCACCCUGAAGCAGAUAAAGCAGAGGAACAAUGAGAUGCAGCACUGUGCACUGAAAUUGGCAGAGAUGAACCAUCAAGUCAGAGAAAAGAAUGAUACUAUUUCAGAAAAGAAGCACUUGCUCGAAUCACAGCAGAACAACAACAAAGAGACUGAGAGGAAGGUGAUGAUCGCCAGCCAGCUUGGAGUCAAACUGCAGCAGGAGCUGAAGGAGCAUGAGAGUAAUUACAAUCGCCUCAAGGACGAGUUAAGUACAUACAAGAACACUCUGGAGAGAACAACAUCAGACGUGGAUGCUGCUACGUCCCACAUAUCAAGACUGAAAAAAGAGAUCUGUGACAAGGAUAAGAAACUGACAACAGUCCGAGCUUACAACGCUGCCCUGGAGGAGAGACUCAGAGCAGUGACUGCGACAGCUCUCAGUGAAGAGGAGAGGGCUUCUCAGAUGGAACGCUUUCUUCAGGAGGAGGAGCAGACAAUGAAGGAGUUGGAGGUGCAUCUCCGUGAUCACAGGGAAGGGCUGUUUCGUCGUAAACAGCAGCUGCAGACUCUGAGGAGCAAAGAAAAAAAUGCUCUUGCUCAAAUCUCUCGGAGCAAGUGCACUCUGCUCACUCUGGAAGAUGAGCAGAGGAAAGCUGAGAAGAAUUUGCUGUCACAGCAGAUAACCUUGAACCAACAGGCAAUUGAGAUUAACUCCCUCACUAUGAAACUGGAGCGGCUGCAAGGGAGCGUGAACACUGAGGAGAAGAAAAUUCUUGAUAUGAAGAUUGCAGAGCUGACGACGGCUCUGGAGGAGAAGAAGCAAGAAGCAGCUUUGCAGUGCUCGAUGCUUAAGAAAGUUGAGGAGGACAUCUGUAGCUUCAAAAAGAAGCUGGAUAAAUUUGAAACUCAGAAGAGGACUUUGGGAGAGAAGGUGGAUGAGUUUGAGCUGCAGUGUAAGACCAAUGAGAAGGAGCUCCAGUUACUGCGACUGCAGAAGCAGGACGACAUGGUGGAGCACAACACCCUGAAAACAGAGGUGAAGCGUAAGCGUGAUCUGCUGUACAGUAACACAGACUGCAUGAUGUCUCUGGAGAAAAGGCGCCUAGAGUUUCAGAGGGUGAUGAAGGAGCGAAAGGAGGAGAUCCGUGUUUACAAAGAGCUGCAAAGUCAAGAGCUCAAAGUCAUUGAGCAGGAGAGGCUGAGGCUGAGUGUGGAGCUGAAUGAGAAGUUGUCAAAGGUUGACUUGAUGAAGAAACGCUAUGAUGUUUUGACCAUUUCAAUGGCGGGUCCUGAAGGUGAAGAGCAGAAGUCUCAAGCUUACUACAUCACAAAGGCUGCCCAAGAAAAAGAAGAGCUAAAGCGUAAAGGCAACAGCCUGGAUGCUAAAAUUCAUAAAGCUGAACUUGAAAACCAUGCACUGGAAAAUACUAUUCAUAUGCUCAACAAUUCCAACUCCUUAUUUCGUGAAUCCUUGAACAGAGUCAAAGAAUCCAGCCCUGAGUUCCAAGACAAGUUAAAGCUGGAGGAGCAGCUGAAAGCAGCUGAGGCCACACUGAGGUACAAGCAGAUUCAAGUUCAAGAGCUGCAACAGGAUUUACAGGAUAUGAAUAGUACCUCUGAGAAUCUGCAGCAAGAAGAGGGCCUUGAGAAAGAAAAGAUUGAAGACAAACUGGCACUCAUCGCUAAGAUCAACAAAGAAGUUUUGUCUCAGCAAGAAAAGAUCGACAGAGCUACAAAACAGUGCUCAAAGUUAAUAAGAGAGAUCCGCUCAGCUAAACAAAGCAAGGGUGAGACUUUUGAGGAGAAAGAUAUCAGGCUCAAAGAACUGAAAGAGUUCAACCAAAACAUCGACAAGAUGCUGAUUGAAGCCAUGGAGAGCCGGCCUAACCUGAGAGCAGUGCUGGCAAUGUACUUUGAACAGGCAAACCUGUCCCUACCUUCUCCAGCCUCCACUCCCACGGGCAGCAGCAGCAGUAGGAGCUCCAAGUCUGGGUCCAGCUCAGGCCGUAGCUCUGCGUCUAUAAGGAGUGGAUCCUCCUCAGGCAGCAGCCCCAGGACCUCUGCUCUCCCUUCACUCCCUCUAAGCACAGUCAAGCUGGGGAUGGAUCUGCCCCUCACGUCCCCACCACCCACUGCCAACCGCAGCCUGAGUUCGUCCAGUAGCGGCCGAAAGAAACCAUAAAUUCAAGACUGUAUUGUCUUAUUUUAAAAAUUAUUUCUAAAGCAAGAGGGAUUUUUACAUUGCUUCAUGCUACUAAAUAAAUAUGUGCUGCAUUUCUAACAUGACAAGGCAAGACAUUUAUACAGCACAUUUUGUACAAAGUACCAUGGUCAUUAAGCAUAAAAGCAAUAGAUAAUUGAUAUUAACAGUAUAACAUUGUGAGGUCAAGAUGCUUUUGUUAUUGUGUUGGUUAUUUGAUGUGUAAACAUGAACUCACUAACUCAAAUACAAAUCUAAACCCUC